AUGGCGCUCACUGGACAUGGACGGCAUCCUGGAGAGGUCCAUGCCCAGGAUGAGGAGGUCACCAAUCGCAACUGGGUGGAGGCCGACAGCAUGGACCAGAACCAGCACGAGGAGCUGCAGGACAUUGGUCGGGCAGCGUGGGGACGGCCUGCCCCGUGCCAAGAUGGAGAUCUCCAAGAUGAACUGGUCAUCAGCCGGCUCCAGGCUGAGAUGGAGGGUCUCAAAGGCCAGAGGGCCUCCCUGGAGGCCGCCCCCAUGGAUGCAGGGCAGCGCGGGGAGAUGGCUGUUGAGGACGUCAAUCCGGCUGAGCUAGAGGCCACCCUGCUGCAGGCCAGGCAGGUCAUGGUAUGGCUGCUCUGGGCUGCAUUUCUUUCUGUUCAGAUGUGUAAACCUCGACAGAGAAGGGUGUGGAGGAGCACCCCAUGCCUCGAAAGCCGCGGGUCAGGCCCCGCGUUCCCAGGCCUGCUGACCUCCCCCCCGCCACCCGUGGCCCUGUCUGUGCUCAUGGCCAAGCUGUCUUGCCAGCGGUCACUUGCAGCGUAUAAUAGCCUUACGGAUAAACACCUGGCUGGAUAUUUUAACAACACAAGGAUAAGGCGGCAUCUCUUAAGAACCGGGCUGAUCACAAGAAGUGGAAGAAUCCUGUCUGAAAAAGAAUACCAACUAAACAUCAUGAAGCGAGAUCACCAAAAGUACAUCCGGGAGUGCUUAGCUCAGGCUAUUUUCCAUAAGGUCCUUGAUAUGGAGCGUUACCAUCAGCUGGAAAUAAAAAAGAAAUUGGAGACCUUAGCUAGGAAGGAGCGAAUUCAGAGGUUUAAGGGAGUACACACCCAACGGUCUGUUGAGAGUAACAUGCCAGUCCUGUCUCCCCACCCCCCAGCUGGCCCAAAGACCAACCGUGACCAUAGUGUUCUGGUUGAUGAAAGGCAUGCCAGUCCAUCAGCGAUGACAACUCCUCGACCAUAUACCGCCCCAGGAAAUAUGCAGCCUCCAAUCCGAUUGCAGCCUCUUCUCAGUCAUCCUGCAGUAGGGACGGUUCCAAAGAUAACUUCAGGGUCCAGGUCCAAAGUCUCUUUGCUGGAAAAGGAAGCUCCAUUUCCUGUUGCGGGCAAGAAGGCCGCGGCGAGAUUCAGGACCUCCCCGGGCAGUUCCCAGAGGCGGAAUCCCUUCCAGCUCCCCAGACUUAGCAGCUUCAUGAUGCCCAUCCCGCCGCCGCCUCUUUCCCCGAGUGGAAAGGUUGCCAGAGAAAGCAGGCCUGAGACGUGGAGAAGGAGAAGAUUCCGUCCAACCACGGCUUCUGAUGGCGUGGACCCUCUCUUCACCACGGACUCAAGAAGGAUUCGUAAAACAUCACUGCACAGUAAUGCAGCUAUUACCAUGGUCUAUUUAGGGAAAAGUGUGCACCUAUCUUGUGAUAACCCAGACUGCCGGGAUGAAAUAAAAGUUUAUCAACAGCACUGUGGUGGGGAAAACCUCUGUGUCUACAAAGGCAAACUACUUGAAAAAGAAACCUUUCAGUUUAUUUCGAAGAGGCACCAUGGUUUCCCCUUCAGUCUCACCUUUUUCCUGAAUGGGAUGCAGGUGAACAGGCUAAGCUCCUGCUGCGAAUACAAGCAUCGAAAAGGUUCCAGACUUGGAGGCAAACGAGGAUACUUUGGGUUUGUGUGUGUCGAGAGAGCAUCUCCUUGCUACAAGUGCAUUAUUGCGAUGGGCCUUGACAGAAAAGCAUCUUCGCCAAACCCUAGGAAGGAAAAGAGCACAGAGGAAAGAGAAGAACCGAAGAAGGGUGAAGAGAAAGUGCGGCAGGGGAGAGAGCAAGGCAUACCAGGAAGAAACGAGGUUGAGGUUGAGGGGAGCCCAGCCUCUGCCUCGGCCGUGUUUUCGGCUCAGGAAAUGAAAACAGAGUUCAGAGAAGUGAGAACAGUCAUGGAAGAAAUGGAGCGUAAAGGAAAACCAGGACGAGAUGUUUGGGAAGAUGACCAGGAAAAUACCUUAGAUUAUGGAUACGAAGAAGAUUUUGAAGCAGAUGCGGAGAAGCAAGAUGAGAAGGCAGACGAAGAACGACCGGCCGAGCAGCGGGUGGAUGGAGCGUCCAAGUCUCCCUCGGAGGACGGCCGAGACCACGCGCUGGGCCCCGGAGGCGGGCGCGAGCCCUCGCCACGGGCCCCGCCGGACGCCGACGGCGAUGCGAGGGAAGAGCGGGACGCGGACUUAUGGAAGCUCGGAUACCUCUCCAAGACAAUAUUUAAAACGCUAAGACCUGUCGCGGAGAGUCAGCGGGGCUGGAGGGAUGAAGAACCGAGGAUCACAGGGAAGACAGAUCUGAAAACUGCUUCGUCCAGCUCAUCUAGAAGUCACCCUUGUUCAAGUGGCAGUGAAGACGGCUCUGCAGUGGGGCCUGGGGAGGCCCACACUGAAGACGACACGGGUGAAAGUGCCAGAAGUGCAUCUUCCGAGGAGCUGAGUGAAGACGAGUUGCCAGAGAAACCGCACCUUCCACCUGAGGAGCCCUUAGACAUGAAAACCGGAGACCAGGAAAUAGCAAAAACAGAGGGGGAGACCGAACCUCUGCCGGGAGAGGACAGCUUUGAGAAGGUUCUUGAAGAAGAAAUGGAGAGAAGAAGCCCAGGGAUUACAGAGAGUCUGUCUGAGAAGGCCAGGAAACACGCCUCUGAGGCAGACGAGGAAAAGGACCCGAGGAGCCCUUGGGAAGGAAGCCCUGCUGAGGUGAAGGGCAAAUGGGCAGGUCUCCCUGGGGUGGAGAGAGGUGGAAAGAAUUCAUUGCCAUCAGCAUGUGACCUGGCUCUUGAUGCACCACACAAGAAUUUAGCGGUGGGGGAACGGGCCGCCCUCGACCCCAGCUCCGCGACCAAGCCACUGGCCCAAGGCGUGUGCAAGCUGGCAAAGGAAGAAGCACCCAGGGAAGACCCCGCAGGGCCGGCGGCCGCCGGCGACUCCGCGGCUCGGAACCAAGACGAGGCGCCGAGGGAGCUGGCCUUGGUGCUGACCGUGGCCGGGGCAGAGAAGGCCGCUCACGAAGGGGCGCAGGGCUCGGAAAAGGCCGCGGCCCUGGUCUCCGGGGGGCUUCGGGAGACCCCGGGGGAGGCGGCGAGGCUGGAGACGGGGGCGGCUGAAGGAGGGGAGGCUGAGAGUGACGUGGAGAGCGAAGAGGACACGUCCACAGACCUGGAGGACACGGGGCCCCUGGAGGACGCGGCGUCCGCGACGGAGGAGGGUUCCGAGGAGGCGGCUUUGGGGGGCGAGGAGCCGGCCCCGGGGCAGAAGGGGGCCAUGGGGACAGAAGCGCCCUUGCGCCCCUGCACGGGAGAGGCAGGGGCCGGUUGGCGCGGAGGCUCGGAGGCCAGCCCCGGAGGCCCUGGGGCGGGGGAGGCCGAAAGGGCGGAGGCGGCGACCCCGGCAGAGGCUGCCGGGGAAGAAGAGGCGCAG